AUGUGCAAAAAUAAUUUCCUCCUUCAAUGUGGCGCCUCCUUUUACGUCAAGAGAGACCUCGAACUUCAUUUGUCGUCGCACUCAAGCCAGCGGGAAAACCCGUGCCCCCAUUGCGAGCUGGUGUUCAAGAACAAGGAACAAGUGCGCGCGCACGUCAAGCGGAUCCACACCGUCGGCUAUGUCACGCCCACCCCGCACAAAUGCGCCCAGUGUGGAAAAUCAUUCCAGUACCCGGUCCACUUAAAGGCGCACGUGCUCCAAGUCCACACGGGAGAGCGGCCCUUCAUCUGCGACCAGUGUGGAAAGGGUUUUGCGAGCAAAUCCUUGUUAUCUGUCCACUUAAAGAGAAUUUGUGGGGUUGAUGUCGCUGUGAAGAAAGAUAGGCUCCCGAGGUCAAAGAGGGACUCGUUUCAGGGGAAAGUAAAGGAAGAAGCGGAUACUUAG